AUCCGUCGCCAUCUUACCCAUUGGUGUGUACGUUGUUGCGUGUCCAUUUUCCAUUGCCGGGCGGCGAGAAAAUAAAGUAAAACAGUCGCACCAUAAAAAGGGAAAAUAGCGACGGGAUGGACCGUGGACGUUCAACGGUCUUGGCGCGCGUAGCAGUAAAAAUAGCGACCGGAUUCCCAAAUCGCAAGUUCCAGGAGCAGGGAGCGACCAUGGAGAUGUCGCAUCUCGCGUACGUGCUCCUCUUCCUCUUCGCCGCCGUCGUACUUUAUGUCCAGCGCCACCGAGCUUCUCCGUCGAGAACGGCCAACUGUCCUCACCCGAACCCCGUCCUGGGCAACACCGUGGAGUUCAUCCGCAACCGCGGGAGGUUCUUCGACUGGUACGCCGACAUGCUGCGCGCGUCGCCGUCCAGCACCAUCGAGGCGUGGGGGGCCCUGGGCGCCAGCCACGCCGUGACCACCGCCGACCCGGCCGCCGUCGACCACCUGCUGCGCGCCAGCUUCGCCAACUACAACCGCGGCGCGCAAUUCCGCGCCGCGCAGUCCGACCUCAUCGGCGACGGCCUCUUCGGCGCCGACGGCCGCCUCUGGAUCCUCCAGCGCAAGCUGGCGUCGUACGCUUUCUCCUCCCGCUCGCUACGGCGUUUCACCGAGGACGUCCUCGCCGUACAACUCGGCCGUCGCUUCCUGCCGCUCCUCGAUGCCGCCGCGGGGUCCGGCGAGGCCGUCGACCUGCAGGAGGCGCUGCGUCGGUUCGCGUUUGACAACAUCUGCUACGUCGCCUUCGGCGUCGAGAGCUCCACGCUCCUCGAGUGGGGUGACCCCCGGCACCAGGCGCUCUUCGCGGCGUUCGAUACGGCCGUCGAGAUCUCCUUCAUGAGGACGUUGACGGCGCCCACACCGGUGCGGAAGCUCACGAAGCUUCUCAACAUCGGCAAGUCGCGCCGGCUCCGAGAAGCCGUCGGCGUCAUAGACGACCACGCCAUGUCCAUCAUCGAAGCCAAGGAGGUGAGCCAGAGAAACGGCCGCGAUGAGGGCGAUCCGGACCUGCUCUCCCGGUUCAUGGCGGCCAUGGACGAGGAGGACGGCGGCGGUGAACUCGCCGCCAUGUUCCCCACGCCGGAGGCCAAACGCCGAUUCCUGCGGGACGUGGUCGUCAGCUUCGUUCUCGCCGGCAAGGACACGACGACCUCGGCCCUGACGUGGUUCUUCUGGCUCCUCGCCGCGAACCCGCGGUGCGAGCGGCGCGUCCACGACGAGGUUUCGCGGUCGCCGGACGGCAACGUGAAAGGCAUGCACUACCUGCACGCCGCGAUCACCGAGGCGAUGCGCCUGUACCCGCCGGUUCCCUUCAACGGGCGGGUAGCCGUCGCGGACGACGUCCUCCCGGACGGCACGGCGGUGCGCGCCGGCUGGUUCGCCAACUACUCGGCGUACGCGAUGGGGCGGAUGGAGAAGCUGUGGGGCGAGAACUUCCUGGAGUUCGCGCCGGAGCGCUGGCUCGGUGACAGCGGCGAGUUCGCGCCAGUGGACGCGGCGCGGUAUCCGGUGUUCCACGCCGGGCCGCGUGCGUGCCUCGGGAAGGAGAUGGCCUACAUGCAGAUGAAGACGGUCGCGUCAGCCGUCCUUCGGAGGUUCAGGUUGAACAUGGUGGCACCGACGGCCAGCAUGGACUCGCCGCCGGCGUACGAGAUGACCGGCACGAUGAAGAUUAAAGGCGGGCUUCAAGUGCAGCUCAGGAUGAGUGAUGCUAACAAGUCUUCGUUGGCCACAUCGGCAUCUGGACAAGAAGUGGACUAAACGUCAUCCCCGCACAUCAAAUGCGACCAGUAAUUACAGUUGGACUUCUGGGUUUGUCCUUAGUCAAACAUAUUUAAGUUUGAUCAAAUUUAUAAAAUAAAUAAAUUUCAACGUCUUAUAUUUAGGAAUGGAGGUGGUAGGAGAUUGAAGUAGGUCUUGGCAUAUAAACUUGAAUUACUAGAUGAAUGCUCCGAACGUCUUAUGAAAUAUAUUUUUGUAUCAUAUUUAUUAGAUUAUGUAGGUCUUGGCAUAUAAACUUCAAUUACUAGAUGAAUGCUCCGAACGUUGCUGUGGGAGUUUGUAUGAAAUAAAAUUGUGUUGGUUUAA